AUGGCGGAGGAGAAGGAGUUAAAGACGUGGGUGUCGGAUCAGCUGUAUCAAAUCCUCGGCUACUCCGAGUCCAGCCUCGUUACCUUCGUUAUUGCGUUAGCUAAGAGAUCGUCCAGCGUGAGCGCUCUCACGUCCAGCCUCUCGUCCAAUGGCCUUCCAGCGUCGCCUGCCACGUCAGCUUUCGCCAGCCAGCUGGCUUCGAGAAUACCGAGCGCCAAGAAAGGUCCUUCGGCAUACAAGACAGAGGAGAAAGCAGCCAUAGAGUUUGCCCGCCGUCAGCAGCAGUACGCUCUGCUAGACGCAGAUGAUGACGAGGAGGAGGAGGAGCGGGAGAGGGAGAGACAGAGGGGGAGGGAGAGGGAGGAGAAGGAGAGGAAGGAGGAAGAGAGGGAGAGGGAUGGGCGAGGGGGAGCAGGGGAGGGGGAGGGAGGGAAGGAGGGGAAGAAGAGGAGGCAGUUGAGGAGGAGGAGAGAUGAGAUGGACGGUGGGGAUGAUGCCGAGGAUGAUGCUACUGCUCAGGCCCUGGCAGAGUAUCAGCGCAAGAAAGGUCGGCAAGGCGAGCACAGGAGUGGGCGAAGGAAGGGAGAGGCGGAGGAGGAGGAGGAUGAAGAGGCGGCAUUGGAGAGGCAGAGGGAGGCGGAGAGGGAGCGCGACCAGCUGGAGAGGGAGGAGUUUGAGGAGCGCCUCAAGCAGCGCGACGAGGAGCGCACCAAGAAAGUAGAGCCGAAGCUUUCCAAGAAGGAACAAGAGGCGUUGAGGAGGAGGGAGGAGGCGGAGCAGCAGAGGGAGCUGAUGCCGAGCCUGAGGGAGAUCUCACGGCAGGAGUAUCUGUCCAAGCGAGAAGCCAAGAAGCUGCAGGAGCUCGAGGACGAGUUGGUGGACGAGGAGUAUCUGUUUUCAGAUGUGAAGCUGACGGAGAGGGAGCAGGCGGAGCAGCGGUACAAGCGCAAGGUGCUGGCGCUGGCCAAGCAGCAAGUGGAGGACGUGGGGAAGGUGCUCGAGUACCACCUGCCAGAGGCGUAUGACAAGGAGGAGAAGGUGCAGCAAGACAAGAGAUUCGCCGUGGCUAUGAAGCGAUACCAGGAUGUUGAGGGAGACGACAAGGUGACUCCACGUGCAGAACAGGAGGCGUGGGAGAAUCAUCAAAUAGGCAAGGCGACGGUGAACUUUGGGUCAAAGGACCGCAAAGUGGACUCAGAGCAGUACGAGUAUGUGUUUGAGGAUCAGAUCGACUUCAUCAAAGAUACGAUCAUGGCCGGAGAUGACAGGGAGGGUUCAGAGGACGAGGAGGAGAGGGAGCGGCAGGUGGAGGUAUCAAAGGCCAAGACGGCGUUUGACAAGAUACAGGCGGAGAGGAAGAACCUUCCCAUGUACCGAUACAGGGAGGAGCUGCUGCAAGCAAUCAACGACCACCAGGUGCUGGUGAUUGUAGGCGAGACGGGGUCGGGCAAGACGACUCAGAUCCCGCAGUAUUUGUAUGAAGAGGGAUACGGCAAGCGCGGCAAGAUCGGGUGCACCCAACCCCGAAGAGUGGCAGCAAUGAGCGUGGCAGCAAGAGUCGCCCAGGAGGUGGGGUGCAAGCUGGGGCACGAGGUGGGCUACUCCAUCCGAUUCGAGGACUGCACGUCCGACAAGACCGUGCUCAAAUACAUGACCGACGGCAUGCUCCUCCGCGAGUUUCUCGGCGAGCCCGACCUCGCGAGCUACUCUGUCAUGAUGGUGGACGAGGCGCACGAGAGGACGCUUCACACGGACGUGCUGUUCGGGCUUGUGAAGGACAUAGCGCGGUUCAGGCCCGAUCUGAAGCUGCUGAUUUCGAGCGCCACGCUCGACGCGGAGAAGUUCAGCGAGUAUUUCGACUUUGCGCCGAUCUUCCGGAUUCCCGGGCGGAGGUAUCCCGUGGAUAUACACUACACUAAGGCGCCUGAGGCGGAUUAUCUAGAUGCCGCGGUGGUAACCGUGUUACAGAUCCAUGUAACGCAGCCGGCAGGGGAUGUGUUGGUGUUCCUGACAGGGCAGGAGGAGAUUGAGGCGGCAGAGGAGAUUUUAAGGCACAGAACCAAGGGUUUAGGGACAAAAAUCGCAGAAAUGAUUAUCUGCCCGAUCUACGCGAACCUGCCCACGGACAUGCAGGCGAAGAUUUUCGAAAAGACGCCGGAGGGAGCCCGGAAGGUGGUUCUGGCAACCAACAUCGCAGAAACUUCUCUUACCAUCGACGGGAUUAAAUACGUGAUCGACCCGGGGUUUGUGAAGCAGAAGAGCUACAACCCGCGCACCGGCAUGGAGUCUCUUAUAGUCACCCCCGUGUCGAAAGCACAGGCGAAUCAGCGGGCGGGGCGGGCGGGUAGAACUUCCCCUGGGAAAUGCUUCCGGCUGUACACAGCGUGGUCGUAUGCGAAUGAGUUGGAGGACAAUACGGUGCCGGAGAUCCAGAGGACGAACCUCGGGAAUGUCGUGCUCAUGCUGAAGUCUCUUGGGAUUAACGACUUGCUGAAUUUCGAUUUUAUGGACCCGCCCCCUGCGGAGACGCUGCUGCGGGCGCUGGAGAUGCUGUAUGCGCUGGGGGCGCUGAAUGACCGCGGGGAGCUGACCAAGCUCGGGAGGAAGAUGGCGGAGUUUCCGCUGGAUCCGCAGAUGUCGAAGCUUCUUGUGGCUUCCGAUAAGUACCUUUGUUCCGAGGAAGCAGCCACGAUAUGCGCCAUGCUAUCGGUGGGCAAUGCGGUGUUCUACCGGCCAAAGGACAAGCAGGUGCAUGCAGACAACGCGCGCAUGAACUUCCACACGGGCAACGUGGGCGACCAUAUCGCGCUGUUACGCGUCUACGAGCAGUGGUCAGAGACCAGCUUCUCGUCUCAGUUCUGCUACGAGAACUACAUUCAGGUGCGAAGCAUGAAGAUGGCUCGGGACGUGCGCGAUCAGUUGAUGGGGCUGUUGGAGCGAGUGGAGAUUGAACCCAGCAGCAGCAGUGGGGAUCUGGAUGCCAUCAAGAAGGCCAUCACCGCUGGCUACUUCUACCACACGGCUCGCCUGCAGAAGAACCGCACGUAUCGCACGGUGAAGAACCCCCAAACCGUGCACAUCCACCCGAGCUCGGGGCUGGCGCAGGUGCUGCCGCGGUGGGUGGUAUACCAUGAGCUGGUGUAUACGAGCAAGGAGUUCAUGCGGCAAGUGGUGGAGAUCAAGCCCGAAUGGUUGGUUGAAAUCGCUCCGCACUACUACAAGCUCAAGGACGUGGAGGAUUCCGGGACACACAAGAUGCCCAAGGUGGUUGGCAAGGCGGCCGAGAAGUAG